UCCCCCGUGUGUGGCUGCGCCCGCUGCUGCUCGGACGGGCCGCCAAGGGAAGCCGCUUACUGCUCCGCCGCCACCGACCUGUGCCACCGCCGGGCGGGAGCGAGGCAGCGUGGGGAUGGCGGUGUCAGCGCGCAGGAGCCGGCGGUAGCUGAGGUUCUAAAGUCAAGCGUGGACAGUAACAGCUCCUGGUUUAGCCAGUUUGAGAUGGAGAAUGGCAGGUUUCUCUUCUUUUGGAUGAUAGAUGCUUCAAACUGAAAAUACAGUAAGGCUCUUGGAGUGUCAGGACGAAAUCAGAAUUGAACCAUAUUCUAAAAGAAUGAAGUCAGCAGAAGGGGCUUGUGAGAAACUCCCUGAUAAUAACAAAGGUACUCAGAAGAAAGUGGAUGUUGAGGGAAAAUCAAAUGGUUGCAUACCUAUCUGUGCCUUAGAUAACCAAGGGCAACAUGAAAUACAGAAGCAAGAGAAAAUACCUUCUGGUGUCUUGGGAUCCUUGAAUGAAAUCCUCCCUGAAAAUAAUGCAGUGCUUAGUCAGCCAGUUGAUUUAGAAACUGUGCAGAAUAUAAAUCCUCCAUUUGCAUCAAUAAAUGACUCUAAAGUUGAAGAGAAGGACCCUUUUAUUACAAAUAAUGCUGAUGAAGAUAAUAUUGAAAAAAGCAGUACAUCAUUCUCAGUAAAUAGAAAUGAAUCAGAUGAAGACUUUUUUACAAGCAAAGAUUUUAUAGGACCUAUUUACAAGCCUGCCGAAAGUAGCAAACAGGACAAAUCUGGCAAUUGCAGUGAAUGCAAUGAAUGUAGGAGCACUGGAGGAGAUGAGAAUGAAUUAUGUGGAAACAGAUGUAAAAGAAAGGAGGAGAAGAAGAUGCAGGCUGUUUCUGCCACUGUACCAGAAAUAGAGGAUGAACUGGAUCAGUUCUAUAAAGAAAUUCACCAGCUGGAAAAUGAAAAUUUAGAUACUAAUGUUCAGGAAAAAGAAACUGAAAUUUCUCACGAACAACACUCUCCAUUUAGCUGUAGUCAAAGCUCGCAAGAGAAUUAUCAACCUGAACUUUUGGGCUGUCCACAGCCAUUUCACGAGAAUGGACAAUGUUCUUUGGGGGAACAGAACAGUCAGAAAACAAACAAUGAGCAGCAGUUAGUUGUGGAAACAGGUGGCUGGAAAACCGAAAAUACCUUUAGUGGCCAAGUGGACACUUGGAACUGCUCAGUGCCUGAAUUUAGACCUGCUUGGCAGACUACAGCAUCUUUCAAAAAACCUCAGGGACCUUUUCCUCCUAAAUUCAAUCAUCAAUCCCAUUUCCAGAUAUUUAAUCCCCCACCACAAAUCCCAGAUGUUUCCCCUUCUCAGAAUGGGGGAAUUCCUUAUGAAAAUUACCAUUGUUACCAUGGAAAUACUGACAUCAACAGUCAUGGUCCAUUGCUCAAUCAAAAGACCAACUAUUCUGGUCAUACUGGCAUCCAUACUACUCAGGCCUUCAGCAAUGGGAAUGAUGAUCAGAAUGGGCUCCAAAGUAAUGGUUUCUGUGAAACCAGAGAAGAGUAUUGGAAGGAUCCAAAAGCUGACAGUACAGAAGGAAUGCACAGCUUUUCUUCAUUGCAGUUAUCUGAAGAAAGAUUCAGUUGUUCACAGAAAUUGCUUCUAAUCUUAAGAGGCCUGCCAGGUUCAGGGAAAUCAACACUUUCCCGUGCUCUGCUUGGUCAGAGUUGUGAUGGCGUUGUGCUCAGCACCGAUGAUUAUUUUCGUCAGCGGUAUGGAUACACCUAUAAUGCUGCUCAGCUUGGUGAUGCCCAUGAGUGGAACCGGAAGAGAGCAAAGCAAGCAAUGGAGCAGGGAAAAUCUCCAGUCAUAAUAGAUAACACUAAUACUCAAGCCUGGGAAAUGAAGCCAUAUGUGGAAGUGGCUCUAGAAAAAGGAUACAGAGUGGAAUUCCAUGAGCCAGAUACUUGGUGGAAGUUUGAUCCUGAAGAAUUAGAAAAGAGGAAUAAGCAUGGGGUCACUCGUGAGAAGAUUGCUCAGAUGUUGGAACGAUAUGAAUUUCAAAUUUCCAUCCCUAUUGUCAUGAAUUCAGUGGUACCUCCCCACAAAAACACUCAAAGACCACCUCUGCAAAGAAGACAUAGGGAGAAAAUUUUAAGCAAGAACCCUGAAUACCUGUUAACAAAAGCAAAGCAGAAGAAAAAGAGGAAAAGAAAUAAAACAAUGAAAAGUAAUCCUACAGAAAUUACGAAGGAAAUAUUAUGUGGAGUAGCUCAUUAUCCAAUUCCAGGUGACAAUGAUGGAUCAGAAAGUGAAGAGGGUGACUUGGAAGAAGAAAACAAAAAAUCAUUGUGUACAUUCAGCAAAGGUCCAGAGGAUCCAGUAACAUUUUCUGAAGAGCAGCCCACGAGUGGUGAUGAAAGCCUAAAAGAAGUUUCAAGAGAGAGUUCUCUGGUCACUGUGCCUGAGGUCUCAGUGAUGCCAAAUAGUGCAUGGAAAAAUGAAUUGCCUGUAGAAAGUGACGGUUUGCUUUUAAGAGAUGUAAAACCUUCUUGUACUGAAAACCUAACCAAAAAUGCAUUAGAUGAUGAGGAAGCAAAGCAAAGGCACAAAGACAAUCUCUGCAGUUUCUUAACAAUAAGCAAUGAUAAAAAUUCAACCCAGGAAACAGAAGGCAGUUCUGAAGACUAUGAUAUGUCAUUGUUAAGCACAGAAAACAAACUGGGAUCAUGUCAAAUUACCCUUGUCUCUGACUUGGAAGCCAAGCUGCUAAGUUUAAACAGUGAAGAAAAAGAAAUCUCUCAGUGUUACAAUUCAAAUAUAAUUAAUAACAUGUCUGAUAACACAGAGGGCAAAUGCCCAUUAAACGCAGAAGAGACUAGCUCCAAAGCCUGGGCUUUUUUUUCAAUUAAUUUAUCUACUGAGGAGUUGCAGAUGGGCUUCAAUACUCAAGUUUCUCCCUCUCCUUGCUCUGAGGAUAAAUUUGUAAGUGAACAAAGAUCUCAAAAAGAGAGGAAACCUGAACAGAAUCGCACGAGCAGUUCAGCAGAGCUAAACUGCUGUCAGUCAAAUGAAGGAUUGGUAAAGAAAAACAAUCAUGAAACAGAAACUGAGGAAGUUGGCAAAGUAAUAAGCAGUGGUCUGUCCACAUCUCCAACUGGUGAAGUGCACUUUGAUUCCCUAGUGGAAGCCAGGGCUACCUUCAAAGACGUUUCAAGUGAAGUAGACGUGCCAAUAAAUGAUGCUACACCAGUUACAUUGAAGAGAAAGAGAUACAGGAGAAUUGUCAACUUAGCACCAAAGUUUAACCUACCAAGACAGAUCUUUGGUCAUACAGAGGGAGGGAAGGAUGUCCUGAUAAGAGAAGAUAUUUCCGAAAAUAAUGUUUUGGAAGUGAGGCAGAAACACUUUCUAAGCAAGAACUGUGGAGAAGCACAUGAACAGGACCAUGCAUUGGAAGAAUAUUCCUUACCCACUCUGGAUGCAGAUGCUCUGUUACAUAAUAUUUCUUACAUUCAUUCAGGACAAUGUUCUCCUACAUCAAAAUAUGCCUGCAGCGUUUGUGUAGAUUCCAAAACAAAGGAGGAGCAAGCUACAACUCUUCAGCCACAACAGGUAGUUACUAUAAAAGAGGAAGAGGGUGAACACACUUCUUCAGAGGUUACAAAUGGUCACCCAGAUAUUUUGUCUUCUGUUAAAGUUGUUUCUGAAUAUUUAGAAGAUUCUAAUAAAUUGGCAAGCUGCAGUGAAAAUGCAAAUGGAGCCGAUGACUCUGAGGCAGCAAAGGCAUCACAACUUGAAGAUUAUCAAGAUGCAGAUAUGAAAUGUAGUUUUCUGGGACUUCCCUUAUCUUUAGGAUUUGCUUUUCAACUUGUGCAGCUCUUUGGUUCUCCAGGUCUUCCACUGGAAUCCUUGUUGCCAGAUGAUUAUAUAGUUCCCCUUGACUGGAAAGUUUCAAAGAUGAUCUAUUUACUGUGGAAGACCUCUGUGGAGGAAAAACAGAAAACAAAUGGAUUGCAGAAUGGAGAUGGCUUGACUGAUGAUAAUAUUAGUCUUGAAGAUCUAAAUAAAAAUCACCAAGGGAAUCAAGACUCUUCUGAAACAGUAUCAGACAUGGAGCUGUGUCAAGAUGUGAUGGAGGAGAAUACCAUAACCUGCACUGGCUCUCUGGAUUCUACAUUUUAUCAGUCUGACUCAGUGUCUUAAAUUCUGUAUGAACAAACAGAAACUUCUCGCUUUGAUUCUGCCAAGGAAGGACUUCAGUUGGCCAACAAGGAUUUUAAAUGUGAGGGAUAACCUGGAAGAAAGCAACUACUGUAGUUGUUUUGGUUUGCAUCUUUGGCCACCUUCCCCCAACACUGCCCCCCGAUAUCAACCUCUCUGUCCAUGUAAUAAUGAUGAAAAUUGAGAUAACUUUGUGUAUGGCAUAAGGUCAUUUCCUGAAGCCAUUUGGGAUUUACCCUUUCUCAGUACAUCCUCAAGUGUGGAGAUUGAGACUGGAGGCCAGAGGCAUCUGUCACUAUGGGGUGUGAGCUUCAGGCUGUGAUAUUUAAUUCACUUGUAUCAGGAUCCAGGAUAUGGCCACAGAAGUGAUGCUCACCUGCAGGGAAUGGUGCUUGUUUCAUGUCUUAGCCUACUUCUGCCUUCACCCUCAGUCAUAAUUGCACCCAGUCCCUUUACAACCUCAAAUGGCAAAAAUCUUCCUCCGUCGUUCCUAUUCACGGAUCCAGGGGGGCACAACUUCCCUUCUUUCUCCUGAAACCUGGCUUUAUGCUUCCCUUCAGCUAGACUCAUUUGGGUAUUUGGGACUACAGAAACAAGAGCAUUUCACUAUAGAACUGAUUCAAGCAUGCUGGAGAAAGGGUGUGUACGGUUUGUGGUAGACUGAGAAGAUGCAUAACUACACUGGUAACCAGUGAUUUGAUGUUAGCGGUGUUGGAAAUAUUUAUGUAUGUAGAGAUAGACAAAUUAUAAUUAAUUAUAAAGAGCAACCUCUGUCAAUUAUGAAGCAUGCGUAAGGCUGGACACUUCCUUGUAGGGAGAGGGAGUGACAGAAAAGACAGCUGUCACCUCAACAAUAAAAGUGUGAGAAAAGAUUGAGGAGGAGCAGGAACUUGGUUUUGUUCUGCUUGUCAGAAAUAAUAUUUCCCACUUGUGCAGCUUGCAGAUCCGGAAUAUUUCUCCAUUUAUUCUUUCAUCUCCUCUUCCUUACCUUUCCCUCCAUGUGUUUAUAUAUCAGCUGAAGAGCCAGGACUUGACUGAACUUGUGCUGAAGCUCCACCAUGGUCGAAUUUGCUGAUGUGUCUCCACUUUCUACUUAAAUACUGCAUCUACACGAAAGCAGUUAACAAAGUAUGUAUUUUUAAAAUAUUGUUGUACCUCUGGUGAAAUUUUCUGGCUGCACUGUUUGAAUGCAUCUCCCAUGUAUGUGUGUGCGUCUACCUUGGCUGGAAAUAUCCUGCUUUCCUACUAGCAGAACAUUAUACAAAAUGUGAAGGGGAGGAGGAAGGUGGCUCACACCUGCCAUAACCACAGCCUCAGACCUCUGUGUUGUACUGAAGCAGACAAGUUAGUUUGAUUUCAGGAACGUGUCACUCAAGGAUUAAUACUGUCUUCCUAGUUCUGUUUACUGAGUUAGAAAUCUUAAUGCCUCUAUUUUCUGUUACUGAAUCCUGACCUUCCAGAAUGCUUGAAAUAAAAAUAGUUUUCAACAUUUCACAGUA